UGUCACCCAUGAAUUUAUUAAUGGAAGGCGAUGAAUAAAAACGAUAAUGUCUAAAAUGUUAAAACUAUUUUAUUGGUAAUAAGUAUUUAGACCAUGAAAAAGUGUGCAACUAACAAUAGGUUGGGUGGUAAAAUUAAAAUUAUUAAAAUAUGAAUGAUAAUGAGAGAAUGGCAAACUAAUAAAACAACCUGAUGUAUAGAUAAUAAAUACAAAAUACUAACCAAUUUGAAUAAUUGUUUUAGAAUUAACAAAUUCUAAGAAAAUGUGAAUAUUGUAAUGAUGAUUACCCUUUGGAAAUAUUAGAUUUGCACGUAUAAUAAUGUGAUGCAAGAAAAGAGCAUUAGAAUUUAUUGCAAUCUGUGUGUCCAUCUUAGGUUUUUUCUUCAAAUACUCAGAGUAAUUGCUAAGAUGAAGACGGAUAAUAAAAACUCGAAAUUCUGAGAAGCUAUUUUGAAUUAAUGGAAAAACAUGGAGAAAUAAUAGUAAAAGGAGAAGAAUUAGUGAAAAUAUCAAAUUUUUCAAUUGAACCUUUCGCAAAAACCUUUGAAAAAACAAAGUGCCAAUCUUGCAACAUAAACUUUAAUUUAGAUGAAGAAAUAUUAAUUAUGAAAUGCUGCUAUUAAAUUUAUCACCAUAUUUGCUUUUCCUAAAUUAUCAAUUUGACUAAUAACUGCGAGUGCGGAAAAAAGAUUAUUGAUUGA